CCGCCUUCACCGACUUUUUGGAGGAAGUAAACAGCUCUGCUCCGCGCGGCUUAUCGCUCACGUGCAGGCGCGUAAACGGCGCAGCGCUAUCCAUGGUAUCAGCCCCAAAACAAGCCUCCCCCUGCCACGGUGCGCACCGGUCAGUGGCAGCUUGUUUUUCUUCAGUGAUGCCGGCGAGCGACCGUUCUCAGACAAGACAAAAGGAUGACGCGCUUUCACCUGAGCCGCUGGUCCGCGCUUUGCGUGCUAUUCUGCGCCAUUCGACACGCCUCCGUCACCCAGGAUGCGCGAGAUCUCGAAAGAAAGGUGGCCAUGCUGCUGAGAGAGGAACGAGAAGACCCGAAGUGCUUCAUACAAGGCAGGAAGGACUUCACGUGCUUCUGGGAGGAAGAUGAGGAGAGGGCGGGCUCGGUGGAUCAGUACUCUUUCACUUACACCUACCAGAAUGAAAACAGCAGCAGGUGCCCACUGAGGGCCCUCCCUGCAGCGGGCGGGAAGAAGCUGUUCAUCUGCCACCUGGACCGACCCCAGUUGUUUGUCCAAAUGGACAUACGAGUUCACCGCGAGGAAGCGCUGAUCCACAGCCGUAGCCUCCUCAUCGAGCUCGUCUUUCUUCUGGACCCCCCCGCCAACGUGACGGUGAGCACCACGGCCCAGAAAGGCCAGUUGAACGUCAGCUGGGUGCCUCCUCCUCUCAAGUACAUGGACGACAGCAUGAUGUACGAGGUCAGCUACGCCGCGGCCGACGGCCACUCGGGGCAGCAGGUCGAGGUGGUACGAGCCAGCUCGGAGUGGAUCCUCAGAGGCCUGCAGCCAAGCACCAAGUACAAGGUGAGAGUCCGUGUGAAGCUGGACGGGAUUAGCUACAACGGCUACUGGAGUGCCUGGACGGACCCGGUUGUCAUGGAAACGCUGCCCGCAGAACUCGACCUAGUCAUGGUGUCCCUGAUGCUCUUCAUCUCGUUCAUCCUCAUUGUGGUGUCUCUCGUCAUGCUUCUGUCCCAACGGAGGUUUGUCAUAAAGAAGAUUUGGCCGACUAUUCCGACUCCUGACAGCAAGUUCAAAGGUCUUUUCACGGUGUAUGGAGGGGACUUUAAGGAGUGGUUGGGUCAUACCGAUGGAGGCAUAUGGUUGACUCCGGAGUUCUUCUACUCAGAAGAAUGCCCUUCUCCCCUGGAGGUCCUGUCAGAGCUCCGCCCUGGCUCCUCCCUGCCUUUCCCAGCUCUGCCACCCAAGGCCCUCAGAGCGCCGACCACAGGCCCAAGGGAGGACGAGGGCGUAGUGAGAGGGGUGGACGAGAGAGAGCUGCUGGAAAGGGGCGAUCCAGCCCCGACGGAGCGAUUGAGAGCCGAACCAAAUGACCACUGGCUCAUGGACCGCUUAAGGGCCCUCCACCAGAACCCAGCUCCCUGCUCCAAGUCCUCUCUGCUGGAGUCCCAAGACACCUACGUCACCCUCAACGGCAGCAGCAGCCAAAGAGACGACGGUCACCUGACCGACGGCCUCGAGGAGGCCUUACCCCUCGGGGUGCUUUUCGCCUCCGGACAGACGAUGUUGUGCGAGUCUCACUCCGACCUGUGGUCCGGGCCGCAGAGCUCCAGGUCAGGUGGCCUUUCGUCACAGUCCAGCUUGGAGUACCCGAACCACGCCUGGGUGCCCAAGGGGCCGGGGUACACCUACAUGGCGGUAGCAGACUCCGGGGUCUCCAUGGAUUACAGCCCCAUGAGCCGGGCAGACGACAUCGGAAGCCUGGUCAUCUAUGCCAACGACUACAAGAACGAGAUCCCGGCUCAUAGAAGGCCCUUAUUGCAGCACGUCGUCCAAGAUGUCGGCUGACGGCGCCAAACUGGGCAGGCGGCACAGGAACUGAGCCUCAGAGAAAGCUUUUUGGAUAUCCACCCAAACUCACCCUGGUGUUGAGACGGGUGGACCAUGAAUUUGCGGGCGGACGUACAACGAAGUGUAAGCUAAAGGACUCGGGAGGAAGAGUCCUCCUGGAUGUACAUGGUUUCUACUUCAUCAAAAACUACAGCUGUGGUUUACAGCAAAUGCUGAUAUUCAGAGAAAAAGUCUGCAUGCUGAUCUGUAAGUAUUCUACCCUGUCGAUGUGUGAAGAAUUCCCAUGAAUUCAAAGAAGUGUUUCAAGUGGUGUAUUCAAAUAUGAGCUAAGUGUACUUUUAAAGCCUAAAUAUAAGACAGUGUGUUCAUCGGCUGAUGAAACUCACUGUAUUUGUCAAUAGUAUCAUUGAGAUUUUUGUGUUUUAUCACUUCAGAAUUCUGGAACAAACGAAGAAUAACUAGUGCUGUUUUGGGCCAUAUUCAUUUUCAACUGUAGUUGUUAGCAAGUGUCUUUCUUCUCGUGUUUAAGUUGUGUUUUGAGUCACUGCUGCCAUCUUAAGUGCAGAGCAUGUACAGUACAUCGUAACCUUGAUGCUUUACAGUUGCAGUUUUUAAAACUUCCAUGUUUUUCAUGCUAGUGUUGCUUUGGAAAAACAUCUCACACCUGAUUUUUCUCUAAAAGUAUAUAAAAAGUCAACUUACACUUUUGAGCAACAUAAAAAAAAACCUUUAAACUCACAACCGACUGGCUGUCCGUAACGUGUUGCACGCUUUUCACAACAGAUCAAAGAUGUUAAAAUCACCUACCAAUUAACUUGUGGAUAACAUAACACUUUUUCCUACAUUCUGAAUGCUCUACCUGUGAUAUCAGCCACUUCAAUCCGAUGUCUCACACAUGCAAUCGCUCCGAUGUUGUAAAUAAGUGCUUCUCAACUGAGACCCUGAGAUGAUUAAGGGAGGAGACAUUAAUAUGGUUUUCAAAACAAUGUUCAUUUGUAUAUAAUGUGUAUUUUUCUGUUCUUUGGUACCAACUUGUCGUUUUAUCUUGAAGGGUCUCAAAACAAACACGUUAGAUAUUUUUGGUUGAUUCAAGGUUACUAUUUACCUGUGUAAAUGUUGUCAUUGUGUAAGACUUCCUUCAUGUGUUGGACAAAGCUUUUUGCCGAUUAAACUCAUAAAACAUCUGGUUAUCUUCAA